AUGUCCGGGGGCUGGAAUACCAUCGAAAGCGAUGCAGGUGUCUUCACCUAUCUUAUAGAGAAGCUCGGCGUCAAGGAUGUCCAGUUCGAGGAGCUCAUGACCCUUGAGCCUGUAGAACUGCGCCAGGCUGGAAAGAUAUAUGGAGUUAUCUUCCUCUUUAAAUACCCAACGGGCGAAAAGCGGUCGGACAAGCCAAACGACGGGACCUACGAUCACGAUGCAUCGAGUAAUAUCUUCUUUGCUGCACAGACAAUACAAAAUGCGUGUGGAACACAAGCACUGUUGAGUGUACUUCUCAACAAGGAUGGGGAGGUAGAUAUCGGAAAAGAGCUUCGAGAGUUCAAAGAAUUCGCUGGGGAGUUCCCUCCUGAGUUGAGGGGUGAGACAUUAUCGAAUUCGGAUCUCAUUCGGGAAACGCACAACUCUUUUGCUAGAUCAUCGCCUUUCGUCGACGAGACGCAACGAACCGCCACCGAGGACGACGACGUCUACCACUUCAUAGCCUACACCUCGAUAAACAAUACCCUCUAUGAACUCGAUGGCCUCCAACCAGCACCCAUAUCACACGGCGCUUGCACCACGUCCGAAUUCCCAGACAAAGUCAUUCCCGUCCUUCAGCGUCGCAUCGCACGCUACCCCGCCACAGAAAUCCGGUUCAAUCUACUCGCAUGCGUUCGCGACCUCCGCAUCCGUGCUCGGGAAAUGGGAGACGAGGAAGCAUUGGAGGCCGAAGAUUCGAAACGCUCAGAUUGGCUUUGGGAGAACGCACUCCGACGGCAUAACUUCGUUGGCUUUGUGGGCGAACUUCUCAAAGGUGUGGUCAAGGACAAGCUCAGCCAGGGAGACGGUGUUUAUGAGAAGUGGGUUGAGGAUUCGAAGGCAAAGACUCGGAGGAGAGUUGAGGAUCGCAGGAAGAAGGGUCUCGGAGGCGACGACAUUGAGUGA